AUGACCUCCAUUCCCACCUUCCCUAUUCACCCAAUCUCGUCUAGUGACUUUUUGUUUUUCCGGAUGAAAAAAGUCCUCAAAGGGAAAUAUUUUGCCCAUGUGAAAGAGGUGAUACCAAGCAUGGCAGAAGCACUAAAAGGCAUCAAAAUGGACAAAAUGGACAAAAACUAUUCUGAGCUGUGGGAAAAGUGUCUUGAUAGGUGUAUUGUAGCAAACGGAGAGUACUUUGAAACGGCCAGUGACAUCUUGGGGGCCUCUUUUGAAAGCAAAAAGUUAUCCCAGCUGAAAUGUUCGCCAGUUCAGAUUUUGAUGCACCUGCUUUUAACGAAGUAUGACAGCGGCGUGCGCCCCUACGUGCAGCCAUCUGUUAAUCGUAUCAUCUGUGAGCCGUUUUUUGAUUGUACGGACCCUUACAUGGUUAGGAAACAAACGGAUCAGGAACCGCCCAUCGGCAUCGGCCCGGCCCCCGAGCCGCAGAAGCGCGCCGCCCGCCCCCUAUUGGCCGGCGGGGGUCACGUGACGACACUGGACCGCGCCGGCCAUGUUGGGGAGCGCGGCGCCGCGGCCCGCGCCACCUCCGCCCCCCGCGGCUCGCCUCCAGCCCGCCCCUCGCGGCCUCCUCCCCCCACCCGCCGCGCAGAACCGCCCGACAGGAAGCAAAGUGCUGCUGGCAGGACACUCGGCGGCGGCGGCGACGCGCUGCAGCUGCAGGUGACGGAGCGCGAGGAGGUGCGCGGCCGCGAGCUCACCGGCCUCAAGGCGCUCUACGAGACCGAGCUGGCCGACGCGCGCCGCGCGCUCGACGACACGGCCCGCGAGCGCGCCAAGCUGCAGAUCGAGCUGGGCAAGUGCAAGGCCGAGCACGACCAGCUGCUCCUCAAUUAUGCUAAGAAAGAAUCUGAUCUUAAUGGAGCCCAGAUCAAACUUCGAGAAUAUGAAGCAGCACUGAAUUCUAAAGACGCAGCUCUUGCUACUGCACUUGGUGACAAAAAAAGUUUAGAGGGAGAUUUGGAGGAUCUGAAGGAUCAGAUUGCCCAGUUGGAAGCUUCCCUAGCUGCUGCCAAAAAACAGUUAGCAGAUGAAACUUUACUUAAAGUGGAUUUGGAGAAUCGCUGUCAGAGUCUUACUGAGGACUUAGAGUUUCGGAAAAACAUGUAUGAAGAGGAGAUUAAUGAGACCAGAAGGAAGCAUGAAACGCGCUUGGUAGAGGUGGAUUCUGGGCGUCAGAUUGAGUAUGAGUACAAGCUGGCGCAAGCCCUUCAUGAGAUGAGAGAGCAACAUGAUGCCCAAGUGAAGCUGUACAAGGAAGAGCUGGAGCAGACUUACCAUGCCAAACUUGAGAAUGCCAGACUGUCCUCAGAGAUGAAUACUUCUACUGUCAACAGUGCCAGGGAAGAGCUGAUGGAAAGUCGUAUGAGAAUUGAGAGCCUUUCAUCUCAGCUUUCUAAUCUACAGAAAGAGUCUAGAGCACAUUUGGAAAGGAUUCAAGAGUUAGAGGACUUGCUUGCUAAAGAAAGAGACAACUGUCGUCGCAUGCUGUCUGACAAAGAGAGAGAGAUGGCGGAAAUAAGGGACCAGAUGCAGCAACAGCUGAAUGAUUAUGAGCAACUUCUUGAUGUAAAGUUAGCCCUGGACAUGGAAAUCAGUGCUUAUAGGAAACUCUUAGAAGGUGAAGAAGAGAGAUUGAAGCUGUCUCCAAGUCCCUCUUCCCGUGUGACUGUCUCCCGAGCAUCCUCAAGUCGCAGUGUGCGUACAACUAGAGGAAAGCGGAAGAGGGUUGAUGUGGAAGAAUCAGAAGCGAGUAGCAGUGUUAGCAUCUCUCAUUCUGCCUCAGCCACUGGAAAUAUUUGCAUUGAAGAGAUAGAUGUUGAUGGAAAAUUUAUCCGCUUGAAGAACACUUCUGAACAGGAUCAACCAAUGGGAGGCUGGGAGAUGAUCAGAAAAAUUGGAGAAACAUCAGUCAGUUACAAAUAUACCUCAAGAUAUGUGCUGAAGGCAGGCCAGACUGUUACAAUUUGGGCUGCAAAUGCUGGUGUCACAGCCAGUCCUCCCACUGACCUCAUCUGGAAGAACCAGAACUCGUGGGGUACUGGCGAAGAUGUGAAGGUUAUAUUGAAAAAUUCUCAGGGAGAGGAGGUUGCUCAGAGAAGUACAGUCUUUAAAACAACCAUACCUGAAGAGGAAGAGGAGGAGGAAGAAGUAGCUGGAGUGGUUGUUGAGGAGGAACUUUCCCACCAGCAGGGAACCCCAAGAGAAUCCAAUAGAAGCUGUGCAAUUAUGUAACUUCUCAAGUCAACUGUCUUCCUCAAAAUAAAGAAGUAUGGUAAUCCUUACCUAUAUACAGUGCAGAGCCUUCUCAGAAGCACAGAAUAUUUUUAUAUUUCCUUUAUGUGAAUUUUUAAGCUGCGAAUCUGAUGGCCUUAAUUUCCUUUUUGACACUGAAAGUUUUGUAAAAGAAAUCAUAUCCAUACACUUUGUUGCAAGAUGUGAAUUAUUGACACUGAACUAAUAACUGUGUACUGUCUGGAAAGGGUUCCUCAAACUUUUUGACAUUUUUAAAAAAUGUGUGUGUUUUUUCUUUUUUUUUAAGUUCCUGUGAGAAGGGGAGAGGAGGGUCAGGUCAGUAAACCACUGUGUGUCUCGGUGUAAUUUGAAGAUCGCUCCAUCUAGAUUAGUAAUCUGCUCUUGAUUAUUCUCUGCUAUAUAACGGUGCUGUGAGGGAGGGGGAAAGCAUUUUUCAAUAUAUUGAACUUUUGUACUGAAUUUUUUUGUAAUAAGCAAUCAAGGUUACAAUUUUUUUAAAAUAGAAAAGACAAUUUUGUAAGAAGGCAAUAUUAACCCAAUCAUCAUGUAAGCACUCUGGAUGAAGGAUUCCACAAAACUUUGUUUUAUGGUUACUUCUUCUCUUUGAUUCUUAAUUCGUGAGGGGAAUGGGGGGAGGAGGGAGGAGGAAAGGGCUUCUCUAUUACAAUGCAUUAGCUGUGUUUUUUAAGAUAGUGUAACUUGCUUAAAUUUCUUAUGUGACAUUAACAAAUAAAAAGCUGUUUUAAUAUU